AUGUUGUCGGCCACACCGAUCCACCCGGCGAGGGCGGCGCUGCGGUCCAAGCUCCGGCCCCCCGGAAGCGCCGCAUCCCACCGCCACAUAUCUCACCGCUCCAACAUCGCCGCCGGCCUCACUCGGCGCACCGCGACCUCCUGCGCCUCUCCGCAAUCCUACCACGUCCUUUCCAAGGCUGCCGCACGCGUCUACGCAAGGUCGGCCUCCAAUGGUGCUCGCGCGCAGGCAGCGAAGCUCGGUGGCAACGGUCUAGGCAGCUGGCGAUCCUUCUUCGCGAGGUUCGCCGCCAGCCUCCGAUCCGCUUCCAUCCCUCGAGGAGGUGCUCGAUACACCGCACUCUACACCUCGCUGAUUCGACAGUCGCUUCAGCGAGCCGUGCUUCCCAGGCUCGGAUCGCUUCGUCUCGCCAUCGAUGCGGGCGUCGCUCGGCAGCUCGCCAAAAACGUUUCGCCCAUCUUCCGCGGUGCCGUCCAGGCCUUCACCGGGCUUCAGGUCCGUGCCGGCCAGAUCUCAGGCGCUGGAGCGGCACAGUCGGUGUCGCACCGCCUCAACCUCUCCCGCCAGCCCGUCAUCUCCUUUGCUCGCGGAUCGGUCCGUCCCGGCACUGGCUUCGGCCCGCGUGCCCCCCUGGUCCCGCGCUCGCCCACGUACGGCGCAGGGCUGCAGACUGCGCGCAACUUUUCCAGCGGCGGCCGCGUCUUUGACAACCUCAUCGUCAACGCUCCGCUGGCCGUCCGCCUGGCCGGCAACGAGCUCGACGAGAAGCGCAAGAUGGCCAAGGCCAGCCCUGCCCGUGGACCGCGAAGGACGGCGGCCGCCAUCACUCACAAGCAGCGCGAGGCCCAGGCCAUGGACCUCGGACGCCGCCUCGCUGCUCAGGUCGCCUCCGGAGGUGCUGCUGCCGCCGCCGCUCCGUGCAAGUCUCUGAAGAAGGGCAAGGGCAAGCAGUCUGAUCAGCCCGCUCAGUCGGAUGCGGUCGUCAUCCCUCACAGCACCGAGGCCACCGCUUCCGCCGUGGUCCUGCCGUCGAUCGAGGACGAGCUGCCUUCCGUCCCCGCUUCGUACGCCUCGUCGGUCAUGACCGACGAGGCCGACUAUAGCGAACAGAUGCUAUCCUACUUCGAGAUCCCGCCGUGGGAGGCACACACGCGGCUCACGAUCCGUCGCGCCGAGCCGAUCGCUACGAUGCUCGGCGGCCGACCACCGCAGCCCGCACGGCCCGGCCGGGCGCUUUUCGACGACCGCUUUGUCGAAGACGCCCAGCUCGGCAUCGAGUUUGAGGAGCGGCGAUGGCUCAAGAUCCAGGCCAUCCUGCGCGCCCUCUACGAGCACGAUCCACAUCGCCACCUCAGCAUCACCGAGGACGGCGACCUGUACAUCGUGCUGGUGCGCGGCCUCCGGGCCGACGACGCAGAGCAGCUGAUCAGGCGCCGCGUCGGGUUCGAGCUCGACUUUGUCGACUUUGAGGAACUCGCCAUGCCCGACGGCCUCGACCUGUCCACCAGCCUUGUCGGCGGGGACAGGGCCGGAUCGAUGCUCAUAGACAGGGACGGCCGCGAGGCUCCGGCGUCGUCAGACGUGCACGGUGACGCUGACCUCAGCCUGCUCGACGGCGGGUCCAUCGCCUUGCCGCCGUCCGGUUCAGCGGACGAGUCGCCCGUCUCGCUCACCAUGACGCUCCCCUCUUCGUCGUCUGCAGCCUCAUCGUCCAGCCUCCUCCUCUCUGACACAUGGGGAGAAGGAGGUACCUCUGCAGACGACGAGGCGGGCUUCCUCUACGAUAGCCGCGAGUUUGUGCAGCACUAG